AAUGAGGAGGCGCAAUUCACACGCGCGACUCAUUGAAAUGGCUCGGAAACUUGGCUCGCCGUUAUCAAGGAGGCAAAACAGCAGCUACUCUUAACUGAAAUUGAGAGGUGCCUCCUGCACUGGGAAGGACCGAUAUUCGGUCCCCAGGUCACCGAAGCCAAAACCUUCCGGGUCUGCUGCACAGGAAGCCGCUCGCCCCGCCCCGGCCACCUUCCUCCGGGUCCCAGAGACUGUCCGGUGGGAUCGCUGCAGCGAUGGGGACGGCCACAGGCACCGGUUACUUCCAGAGGGGCAACUUGCCCUGGUUCAUAGUCAUCAUUUUCUCCUUCAGCUACUACACGUGGGUUGUCUUCUGGCCUCAGAGUAUCCCUUAUCAGAGCCUUGGGCCCCUGGGUCUCUUCACACAGUACUUGGUGGACCACCAUCCCAUCUUUCUAAGGAAUGGGUAUUGGCUUACUUGGCUAAUUCAUAUUGGAGAGUCCCUGUAUGCCUUGGUAUUAUGCAAGCGUAAAGGAAUCACAGACAUCCAGGCUAGGCUCCUCUGGUUCCUACAGACUUCUGUGUUUGGUAUGGCCUCUCUCUGUGUCCUGCUUGCUUACAAACCAAAGCACCAAAAACACAAUUAAAGGAGAGAGUGGAGUUUCCUCUCCACUGCUGCAAGCCCUACUUUCAGUGGGUCCUAGUUUCCAUGAUGACCUCUCUGUCUUCUAGGCAGUGUCUGUCCGUAGAAACCUAUCUGAGACCCUCUGGUUACUAUUUUCUUUCUUUCUUUCUUUCUUUUUUUUUUGGGGGGGGGGGGGGGCUGGAGUGCUCUGACCAACCUUGGUUAGACCUAUUGUUGUUUAAGAAAGAAAUAAGAAAGACCCUGCCUUUCCAGUUCUACAGACCUCCUGCCUGAAGAAGGCCUUGAACCACUUUCCUGCAGUUCUUAGCUGAGCCAUUUCCUUGCCUUUUAGCUGAGACACACAAACUAGAUUUGUUUGUGGGUCCACCUUUGCUCUUUGUGGUGGUUUGAAUAUGCUUGGUCCAUGGGAAGUGGCACUAUUAGGAGGUGUGGCUUUAUUGGAGGAAAUGUGUCACUGUGGAGGCCAGACUUUGAGGUCUCAUAUAUUUGCUCAAGUCUGGCCAGUCUCCUUCUGCUGCCUUCAGAUCAAGAUGUAGAACUCUCACCAGGCAAUGGUGGUGCACACCUUUAAUCCUAGCUCUUGGGAGGCAGAGACAGGCGGAUUUCUGAAGUUUGAGGCCAGCCUGGUCUACAGAGUGAGUUCCAGGACAGCCAGGGGUACACAGAAACCCUGUCUCGAAAAAUCUGAAAGAAAGAAAGAUGUAGAACUCUCGGCUCCUUCUCCAGCACCAUGUCUGCCUGCACGCUGCCAUGCUUCCUGCCAUGAUAAUGGACUGAGCCUCUGAAACUGUAAACCAGCCCCAAUUAAAUGUUCUCCUUUCUAAGAGUUGCCUUGGUCUUGAUGUGUCUUUACAACAAUGAAAUCCCUAAUUAAGACACUCCCUGUUCUGACGAGUGCCCCCUUCCCUCCUCCUCACAGAUAUCUUAGCUUC